AUGGCCACAGAACGUGCAUGGCUCAAUGCUCUGAUGCGUGCGAUUGGAAGAGAAAUGAUCUUCGACAAACCUCGAAACUAUCAAACGGAGGUUCAGCUUCAUGAGCUCAAGGUAGAUGGUAGACACAACGCCACGUAUCUUCCCAACCAAGCCAAGGAGUGUCCUAGAGGCGCUCUGGAAGCAGCCAACCUCAGCUGGGCGGUGCAUGAUGCACCGCUCAAAGAUUUCCGGCAAAUAGACGGCGGGCAUGGGCUAAAUGAUUGCCCCAGAGACGAAAGACAAAUUAUGCUAAUGAAACGCCACAGCUGCGCACGAGUAUAUGCAGCACACGGACUUGAAGAGACCUCAUGA